AUGAGGUACUGGAGGAAACAAUCACUGGCUUGGUGCUUGUGGCAGCAAAUGCGGCCUCUGGAGCUAAAAAGUUUGCGGCAAAAGAAGCAAACUUUACAGCGUUUUAGGAGUUGUACAGCCUUGUGCAAUGCACGCCGAACCUGUCAAGCACCGCUUGUGAUCGGUGUCUUCGAGCGGCUAUUGCACUUCUUCCGGCUUCUUGUUAUGGGAAGCAUGGAGGAAGAGUUUUGUAUCCUAGUUGUAAUUGGUCAUUGUGGUUCCAAUUGUCAUAUUGCUCUUCUUGGUAGGCUGCUGUUUCUUAAGAAGAAGAGCAAGGAAAAAGUACAAUGUUAUACAACCACAAAAUGUGGGAACGAAAUUAAUAGUGUGGAGUCAUUGCAGUUUGAUUUGCGUACAAUUGAAGCAGCCACAGAAAAUUUCUCUGAUCAGAACAGGUUAGGGGGAGGUAGCUUUGGUGAGGUUUACAAGGGUACACUCCCGGAUGGGCUACAAAUAGCUGUGAAGAGGUUAUCUAGAGGCUCUGGGCAAGGUGCCGAAGAGUUUAAGAAUGAGAUUGUUUUGGUAGCUAAGCUUCAGCACAGAAAUUUAGUGAGGCUACUGGGAUUUUGCUCUGAAGGAGAAGAAAAGUUACUUGUUUACGAACUUGUGGAGAACAAAAGCCUUGACCACUUUCUAUUCGGCUCUGAGAACCAAGUAAAAUUGGAUUGGUCAAGCAGAUACAAGAUUAUUGGUGGGAUUGCUCGAGGGCUUCUCUAUCUCCAUCAAGAUUCUCGGCUUCAAAUCAUACAUCGUGAUCUUAAAGCAGGAAACGUAUUGUUAGAUGGGAACAUGAACCCAAAAAUUGCAGAUUUUGGCAUGGCAAGAAUAUUUGGUGCUGACCAAACUCAAGGAAGCACAAGAAGGAUUGUGGGAACAUAUGGUUACAUGCCUCCAGAAUAUGCAAUGUAUGGACAGUUCUCUGUGAAGUCCGACAUGUACAGUCUUGGUGUCUUGAUCUUAGAGAUUGUAACUGGCAAGAAGAACACUAAUUUCUAUAACUCGGACCGUGGCGAAGACCUCUUGAGCUAUGCUUGGAGACAUUGGAGGGAUGGGACACCCUUAGAAUUAUUGGAUCCAAAUCUAAGAGAUUCUUAUGAAAAAACUGAAGUAAUUAGAUGUGUCCAUAUUGGGUUACUCUGUGUUCAGGGAAAUCCAGAUGAGAGACCCACAAUGCAAUCCAUUGUUCUCAUGCUAAGCAGUGACUCUGUUACCAUGGCAUUACCUCAAAAGCAUUAACCACUGAAUCAUCUGAUCCAACUGCUAGCAACUUGUUGCCAUUUUCUAUUAACGAAGCAUCAAUUACCGAAUUAUACCCCUGUUAGUGUAUAUCGAACAAUCUUG